GCGGCCCGUAUCCCACCCCUCUUCCCGCAGGACCCUGAACUCCGAUGAUCCUGCAACAGCCCCUGGAGCGAGGCCUCCCGGGUCGGGCCCAGCGCGACUCGCGGGCCGCCUCGGAAGUGCCCCGAGGCCUGGACUCGAGCUCCCCUCCCCGAGGAGCUGUGCCCAUGAGCACCAAGCGGCGCCUGGAGGAGGAGCAGGAGCCCCUGCGCAAGCAGUUCCUGUCGGAGGAGAACAUGGCCACGCACUUCUCCCGCCUGAGCCUGCACAACGACCACCCUUACUGCAGCCCCCCGAUGGCCUUCCACCCCACUCUGCCCCCGCUCAGGAGCCCUUGCUCUGAGCUGCUUCUGUGGAGAUACCCUGGAAACCUGAUUCCUGAGGCUCUCCGGCUGCUGCGGCUGGGGGACACCCCUGAUCCCCAUUACCGUGCAUCCUCAGCUGGGGACAUAGUGGAGCUCUGAGUGCCCCCGUGACCCUGCCCACCACGCAGGAGACUGGCAUGCCACAGAGUGACUGGCUGCCCUCCGUAGCCUCCAGACCAGGCCUCGGCCUCAGGAUCCGUCUCCGAGGAAUGGGCGGGAUGGUGCUCGGGGUGGAUGGGCGGGCACCCCCCAGGAGACCCGAAUAAAGAUUGCUGAGUGUCA